AUGCAGCACGGCGUCGUGGACUCCCAGGCCGUGUUCCAGCAGAGGCUCGAAGAGCUCGGAUUGAGCGACCUCUUCCAGCGGUUCGUCAACCUCGGGUGGGCCUCCCACGGCAACUUCGCGCUUGGCAUGUCCAGCGGGCCUGGCGGUGUCGUGGAAGACACGCGGUUCGAAGCAGCCAUCGUCAGGCCGCUCUUCGAGAUCGGCCCCGAAGACCCGCUACCGCCAAGGACCGCGGCCGUGCGGAGGCUGUUUUUCGAGAGCCACGCGUUGUCCGUGUCCGAGCUACGGCACAGGAAAGAACGCACGGACCAGGACGCCCCCCGCAAGGUCCCGCAGGCAGAGCGCGAGGCGAGGAAGGAGACGCUGUGGAAACGCCUGGACCCCGGCCUGAAGAUGGAGGGCGAGCUUGACCCGUCGAACGUCCUCGUGGAUCGCUUCGUCCAGACGGUGGAGGACAACACCUUGCAGUGGGUGCCCUGGGAGGGGGCGUCCAAACGCGACCAAGAGCUCACGACGCAGCCUGGGAGGAAGAAGUGGCUCCCGGAUGUUCAGGCAUGUUCCGCCCUCAAGGUGUCGUGGGCGUUCCAGCGGAGGGGUUUGGCCAUGGAGUUGGCCGGACUCAUGACUUUCGAGGGCCACGAAUUCUUGCGCAACAAGCUGUUCUCAGCCCUGACGCGGGAGGUCCCCGACGACAGGUGCGAGCUGCCGACGCUGGACACACCGCAGCGCGGACAAGGAGGUGUGCCGACGGACAGCCACAUCCAGAAGAUCCUUGACUCCGUGGAGGCGAACAUGCUGUUGAUGCCCCUCGCAAGGGCGGGCGCAGGCAGCAAACGCAAGCCGGAGGCGGUCGGGGCUGGAGCAGGGCGCGGCCACCACCAGGGCGACGACAACGCCAGCAAACGCAGGAAGGGCGGGAAGGGCGGCGCCCUCCCACCGCCGCCGCCGGCCGCGGAGCCCCGCAAGGGAAAUAACAGGAACAAGAAAUGGACGCCCGCCAUGCCGAAGGAGCUUCUCGAUCAGGGCGGCGCCCCCAUGGUCCCAGACAACCAGACGCCGAUCUGCCACGGGUGCAACAGCGGGCGUUGCCGCGAGCAGGUGCGCAACGGGAGGUGCCCCCGCGGUGUGCACGUGCGCUGCAAGAAGGGGUGCCGGGGCGACCACCCCAUCUCCGAUGAAGCUGCGGCCCUUAGGCCGGACGACGUCUAUGUCGGCUGGGGUUGCAGCCGAUUGUCGGCCAAUCGUUCAUUCUUGGCCAAUCCGUUCAAGAUUUCCAAGGAGAUGCCGCGCGAAGCGGCCAUCGACAAGUUUGCAGAGUAUUUCUACAAUAGUGACGAGAUGCUGAGGCGCCUGCCAGAGCUCGGGGGGAAACGCCUGGUGUGCCACUGUGCGACCUGGUGCAGGUGCCACGCCGACGCGUUGAUAGAAGCGCAUCCUGCCUGGGCUGACAGCGUCGGCGGCGUGGAGCGCCGCGGAGGCGCCGCUGUCUCUAGCGCAGCAGGCAAUCCCGCAUCUGGCGCGGACAGAGAUCGGAGCAAUAACCAAUUCAAAUUCGUGGAGGUGUCCGCUGGCAGCGCUAAGCUUUCGAAUGAGAUGAUGCGGCACGGGUGCACAGUUUUCUCCAUCGACUGGGCAAACAACCGGCACCGCCCGGCAGCUCCCACUCUCAAGCUGGAUCUCACGAUCAGAGCUGGCCGCCAAACGCUCCACCGCAUCUUCGGCGAUCCAGACGUCGAGGCAGCGCGGUUUGCGCCGCCGGGCGAGACCUUCUGCCGAGCCAAGGAGACACCAAUCCCCAUGCGACUGCGGAAGGAGAGCCGCCCUGCCCCGCGACCAGUCCGCGAUGGCCGCAACCCGCUCGGAACCCCCAGCUUGUCCACAGCGGAUGCCGCCAAAGUCGCGAAAGAUAACCAGCUCGCGGAGGUUGCGGCCGAGUCCGCCGCAACGCUGCGCGUGGGCGGCAAUUUGCGGGCCAUUGGGGGCCCCGCCAGCAGCUGGCUUUUGAAACGCCCAUCUCCGGAGAGGCCCGCGGUGCUGCCGGGCGCCCACGAGGUGAUCAUCCAGCAGUGCAUGUGCGGUGGGACGCGGGACGAGAGCACCGAGAUCCCCACCGGCUCGCGGUGGUUGGCCGACGCCACGCGUGCGACCUGCGACAGGAGUCACGCCCGCAGCUCUCGGGGAUCAUGCUUUCGCAGCCGCUGGGGCGCGGCGUCGGUCGCAGAGCGCGAGCGCCCGGGCAUCGUGCGCAGCGUCGUUGCCAACGUUUUCGACGAGGGUUUGUGCCACCUUGCCAGCAAGCACAACGAGGCGCUGUCAGCCAAAAGGGGGGCCGUGGAAGAUGGGCGCAACUUGGGCCCGGGCGCGGGCGCGACUCCUCGGAGUCUGCCUGCCCAUCCGCCCCGGGUGCCUAUCGGCCGCCAGAGGUCCAAGCUCGGCCACGACGUCGCCCCAGAGCUCAAGAUAAGCAUUCCCGCGAGCGGGCCCACUGAGGACGAUGUUCGACUGCGAGAGCCCAUCGCCCACGCAUUGGAGCUCCACGACGGCGCCGUCGCGCCUGCUGGGCCCGUUCUUUUUCGUUCAGCGAAGCGUCUGGCGGGGGGGCGUGGCGGGCUGAACUCUGGCGUGCCGCGGGCGCCCCGGGAGUUUUUGGACCUCGCCCUGCUCGCCGAGCACCCGUUCGACGCCCCCCCCGCCGUAGACGGCGACGCGGCCGCGGCCGUCUUCGAACUCUCGACCGCGCCGCUCGGCAACAUCAAGGCGAUGCUCGACGCGACGAAGGCGCAGCGGCAGGGUCAAUCGGCAUUUCCCCACGAUGCCGAGCGUCGCCUGCGCGAGCAAAUGCGCCCCAGGGUGCAGUGCGUGCUGGGCGGCAAGAGCGCGUUGGUCUUUAAGCUGAUGCUCCAGUCCCUGGGCCGCGCCGACGCGGGGCGGGCGUCGCGAGCGACGCGGCGACCGGCCCCGGGCUCGUCGGGGACUUCGGCCGCUGCGGGCCCCCCCCCCAAGCCCCCUGACAAGGGCGAGGAGGGCCGGCCAAAGCUGCGGCUGCGGGGGCGGGCGCCGGCAGUCAGGGCCCCCUUCGAGGCUGCGGCAGCAGACCAGCGCCGCGCCGCCGACCGCCGGAUCGACGCAGAGGACGUGACUUGGAUUCUGCAGUCGGGUCGGGCGUUGCGCGGGCGCCGCUUGUGGAAAGACGACGUUUUGGUCGGAGAAUGUUUCGACUUUGAGGAGGCGUGCAAGCAGCUGGCCGUUGCGCCUGUCGAUUCCGACUGCGCCGUGCUUGCUUGCGCGGGCCCCCAGCGCCCGGGCGAAGCGCUCUAUUUCGUUGCGCGCGCCUUGCCCUUCGGAGCCCAGGCUUCGGUGCAGGGGGUCAGUCGAGCCGCGGCAGCCCUCGAGAUUUGUGCCAUCAGGUCUUGCAGCGCGCCGAUCACCAAUGACCUAGAUGACUUCCCGCUCGCGGUGCCGAGGGUCAUCGCCGAGUGGAUGGAGGAGGCGCCCCGGGCUUGCACCGGCGCGCUCGGAUGGAGGUUGAAAGAGGCCGGGGCCCACAAGUUCGCCGUGCGCUUUCCUGCCCUGGGAGUAUUUUUCGACCUCGGCCAUGCGAUGACUCGCGGCGAGCUCGCUGCGUCGAUCGCCGCCCAGAGGAGGGGGCCCUUCGCGGAGCUGAUGCAGGACGUCCUCCGGACACGCUGCCCUCCCGCAGCGGAGACAGCGCGACUCGCGGGCAUGCGGCAGUUCGCAUUGUCGCAGAUAUUCGGCCGCUGCGGCGCGGCUGGGUUGCGGCACUUCCAGCGGAGAGCGGGCGGUGAGGCCCCAGGGAGAGGCGUGGGCGGCGUGCUCGACGGAGUUCUCCGCUGGUGGCUGGAGUAUCUGGCGGCUGCCGAGCCGCGCAGCCUGAUCGGCCAGCUCGAGAUUUUGCCCAUGUUGGCUGCGAGGAUCAAGUGGGCCAGCGUCUUCGAGAAGCAUCCUGGCAGGAGCGCGCUGGGAUUCGUCGACGAUGACAGCGCCCGCUUCGGGUUGAUCAAAGGAUGCAGCCCGUCGCGAGCAGGCGCGUGGCUUCUGGGCGAGUUUGCGCGCUGA